GAAAGCGGAAGUUGUCUUCAGCCGCACAUGUUAGCAUACAGCUAAAGCUACGCAACGUAUUCAUGGCGUUUCUGUUAUAACAAAGUUUAUAUAGAUCAGCAGUAUUGGUUAAGUUCACACCGCAGCGUGUACCUGAUCUUGUUUUUGGUGUUCAGCAGUGAAUGAAACUUUCAGGCGUUAAGUUGAUACCCAGAAGCCUGGAGCGAUCAGAAAGCCGCAGGAUUGUUUAUUUCUCGUUUGGUCGUGAUUAUUAAUGAUUGUGUAAAUCAUGCAGAAGGACUCGAGAGUGAUAAAGACCUCUGCGCCUCCAGUGUCUCAGAUCAACGCGGAAUAUGUCACUCAGCUUUCAAACAAAUACUGGGCUCCUCAUGUCAAGAACAAACUACCAUUUGAUUCUCAGGUCAUUGAAGACAUUUAUCAGAAUGAGAUUCUCAAAUCAAAGUUUGCCAUCAGGAAAAUUAUGCUGUUGGAGUUCAGCCAGUACCUGGAGAGCUACCUGUGGCCGAACUACACGCCUGAAGCCUCCUCUAACGGCUACCUGAUGUCCAUCUGCUGUAUCGUCAAUGAGAAGUUUCGAGAAAAUGUUCCGGCUUGGGAGGUUUUUAAGAAAGCACCCACACACUUCCCUCACUUCUUCAAGUGCGUGAUGGAGUCGUGUCUGUCGGGCGAGCAGCUCGGCCUGCCGCUGAAGGAGCAAACAGUGCUUCUGCUCUUCCUCGAUCACUGCUUCAACAGUCUGAGUUGGUACGAUCAGACUCAGUGGAGGAAAUGCGUAAAGCAGUACACUUGGCCAUGGCUUCAGAGCAGCUGCUGCUCGCCCGCGGGCACCUCUCACCGCUCCGCUAACGCAGGCACCGUCUCCAUGGAGAAGGUUCACUACUGUGAGAGAUUCAUUGAGUUCAUGAUUGACCUGGAGGCUCUCCUCCCGACUCGCCGCUGGUUCAACACAGUGUUGGAUGACGCUCAUCUGGUGGUCAACUGCCAGCUGUCUCACCUCACAGACAGGGAGAAAGAGGGUCACCUCUUCUGCCAGCUCCUGGACAUGUUGAAGUUCUACACUGGCUUUGAGAUCAGUGAAUCCUGCAGUGCCAGAUGUAGAGCAGCGUUUGCUCAUUUCCCUGAGCUCAAUGAUUUUGCCCUGUCUAAUGUGGCCGCAGUGGACACGCGAGAGUCCCUCACCAAACACUUCGGCCAUCUCAGUCCCAACACCCUCCACCGGGUGUCGGCAUACCUGUGUCUCCUCCCUGAGCUUCCUGAUGGAGAAGAUACAUCCUACGAUAAAGAAUUCCUGUACUUUGUUUUGGUGUCCCGCCAUGAGAGACGAAUCUCCCAGAUAGAACAGCUCAACCAGAUGCCUCUGUACCCCACCGAGAAGAUCAUCUGGGACCAGAACAUCGUUCCCACUGAGUACUACUCUGGAGAAGGUUGUUUAGCUCUCCCCAAGCUGAACCUGCAGUUUCUGACCCUGCAUGACUAUCUUUUGAGAAACUUCAACCUCUUCCGACUGGAGUCCACCUAUGAAAUCCGGCAGGAUAUCGAGGACGUCGUGUUACGGAUGAAGCCAUGGCAGUCGGAGUACGGAGGAGUGGUGUUUGGAGGAUGGGCUAGAAUGGCACAGACCAUAGCGUCGUUUUCUAUCGUGGAGGUGGCCAAGCCAAACAUCGGAGAGAACUGGCCUGCCCGCGUCCGUGCUGACGUCACCAUUAACCUCAACAUCCGGAAUAACAUCAAAAACGAGUGGGAGGGGCUGCGCAAGCACGACGUUUGCUUUCUGAUCACGGUGCGACCCAACCUGCUCUUCGGCACGCGCUUUGACCGCCGGCAGCCGUUUGUGGAUCAGGCCGGGCUUGUGUACGUGAGAGGCUGUGAGGUGCAGGGCAUGCUGGAUGAUAAGGGCCGCGUCAUAGAGGAAGGUCCUGAUCCGAAGCCCAAAUUAAAAGGUGACACCAGGACGUUCCGGAUAUGGCUCGACCCAAACCAGUACCAGCAGGACAUGACCAACAGCAUCCAGAACGGAGCAGAAGACCCCUACGAGACCUUCAAUAUCAUCAUGAGACGCAAACCCAAAGAGAACAACUUCAAGGCCGUGUUGGAGACCAUUCGUAACCUGAUGAACACUGAGUGUGUGGUGCCCGACUGGCUUCACGACAUCAUUCUGGGUUAUGGAGAUCCUGGUAGUGCCCAUUACUCAAAGAUGCCCAACCAGAUUCCCUCUCUGGACUUCAACGACACCUUCCUGUCCAUCGAGCACCUGAAGUCCUGUUUCCCCAAUCACACGGUGAAGGUGACCGAGGAAGAUCCCGCUCGACAGGUCCCGCCUUUCAGAAUUCGAUUCCCUGCACAGAAUGCGAAGGGUAAAAAGCGUAAAGCAAAUGAGGAGGAGAAGCCAGAUGAGGAAGAUCUCACGCUGGUGGUGGAGCCUCAUGUGAUUCCCAACAGGGGCCCGUAUCCCUACAACCAGCCCAAGCGAAACACAAUCCAGUUUACAUCAACCCAGAUAGAAGCCAUUCGUGCAGGGAUGCAACCGGGACUUACUAUGGUUGUUGGUCCUCCCGGCACAGGAAAAACAGACGUGGCCGUUCAGAUCAUCUCCAACCUGUACCACAACUUCCCCGAGCAGAGGACGCUUAUCGUCACACACUCGAAUCAGGCUCUGAACCAGCUGUUUGAGAAGAUUAUGGCAUUAGACAUUGAUGAGCGUCACCUUCUGCGUCUGGGACAUGGAGAAGAAGAACUAGAGACUGAGAAAGAUUUCAGCAGGUAUGGAAGAGUGAACUAUGUUCUGUCUCGCCGUCUGGAGCUCCUGCGGGAGGUGGCGCGUCUGCAGGAGAGUCUAGAUGUUCCUGGUGACGUCUCCUACACCUGUGAGACUGCUGGACAUUUCUACCUCUACCAGGUAAUGUCACGCUGGGAGGAAUACAUGAGUAAAGUGAAGCCAAAACCCGGCCGAGAGGUGAAGACGGAGGACGUGGCGUCACACUUUCCCUUCCAUAAGUACUUCUCCAACGCUCCUCAGCCGGUGUUUAAGGGCCAGUCGUAUCAGGACGACAUGGACAUCGCUGAGGGCUGCUAUCGCCACAUCCGCAAGAUCUUCACCCAGCUGGAGAAUCCAGAGGACGGCUACAGUCGACUCAAACGCUGGAUUAUGAUUGGUGAUCAUCAUCAGUUGCCUCCUGUCAUUAAGAACAUGGCCUUUCAGAAAUAUUCAAACAUGGAGCAGUCACUUUUUACUCGCUUUGUGCGUCUGGGUGUCCCUACUGUAGACUUGGACGCCCAGGGCAGAGCACGGGCCAGUCUGUGUAACCUGUAUAACUGGCGCUAUAAGCAGCUGGGGAACCUCCCUCAUGUUCAGCUCCAGCCCGAGUUCCAGACACCGAACCCUGGAUUCACCUACGACUUCCAGCUCGUUAACGUGGAGGACUUCAACGGCGUGGGGGAAUCUGAACCCAACCCAUACUUUUAUCAGGUGACCACAGUGGACAGGUUCCAGGGUCAACAGAACGAUUACAUCAUCCUCUCGCUGGUCCGCACCAAAGCCGUAGGACAUUUGAGAGAUGUGCGGCGUCUGGUUGUGGCCAUGUCUCGUGCGAGGCUCGGCCUCUACAUAUUUGCUCGAGUGUCUCUUUUCCAGAACUGCUACGAGCUGACGCCAGCCUUUAGCCAGCUGACCGCCCGACCCCUGCAGCUGCACAUCCGGCCCCAUCAAUACUACAGCUCUGUGAGUACAGCUGCCAAAAAUCCUGAUCAGGUGGUCAAGAACAUGCCGGAGAUGGCUAACCUGGUUUACAACAUGUACAUGCACAUGAUUCAGAGCAUGCAGCAGCACAGACAACAGCAGCAGCAGCUCCUGGAUCCUCCUCGUCAGCUGCUGAGCUCAGAGGAGCCCAUGGAGGCCGAUGAGGAGCGUCCCGAGACUCCGAGUGAAGAGCAGCAGCCGACGGCCAUAAAUCAGAGGAUGUCGUGCGGCUCGUGUUUCUGGGGCAUCGUCUGGCUGCUGGUGCUGCUGGUUCUCGGCUGGCCCUUGAGCAUUAUGCUGGGGGGUCUGUACGGCCUCGUCGCCCCUCUCACCGUCUGCCUGGGUCUGGACCGGCUGGCCGACUUGCUGAUGGAGGGGGCCAAUCUGGGCAGAAAGUGUGCCCAGAACAUGCGGCACGGCAAAGCGCUGUGCUGA